GGAAGAAAGAAAGAAAGAAAGAAAGAAAGAAAGAAAGAAAGAAAGAAAGAAAGAAAGAAAGAAAGAAAGAAAACUCCCUUCUAUAACCUCAGAAUAUGCCUCAUUCAGGCCAAGCUUUAGCCCAACUGAUGGGGAAAAGUGCUUGCUAAGCCAACUAUUUAUCAGCACGCAAUUUGUUCUGAGACACCAUUUUUAUACAGGAAUUCAUUUGGUGAUGGGCAUUCUUAUUUGUCCCCGAUCUGUACAGGCCCUCAAGUCCCUGCCACAGGAAGCAAACCCCCGCCCCUCCAAGCAAUCCAGAGGGAGGUUCUGAGGAGACGCUCGGCCUUGGGAUUACCCAUACUAGGAAGGAAAGGGGGAAAACCUCAGCUGGAGAAGUUAGUCCUUCCCUUAAGCCUCACAGACUUCCACCCCAGGCCUCUGGGCUCAGAUCUGCAUGCAUCAUCACCCCCCGACCCCCACCAAGUCUGCACCCCUUUCCACAGCUGUGGGUGGGCAGCAAGGUACUUUCUGGGUUCACCUUUCCCUUCCUCAGUGGUUCUGACGCCUGUCAGCCCUUCCUGCUCCCCAGCCAGCCUCGACUCUGAGGUAUGUGCUUCAGGUGGUUUCCAACCCAUAGGCAACCUUUCAGUUCCCUGAAGAUAACACAGCAGCAGUGGUUGUUUGUCUGAGGGCGGGGUUAUCUAAGAUCAACACGAGCAGCUCCUGUCUCCAGGGCAGGAGUAUGGGAGGCCUCAUGGCUCAGUAGGUGCCUGGUCACCAUAGUUGGCUUGGUGGCUAUUGUGGUGGGGGGAGGGGGAGCUGGUGCACCCUGAAAAAGCGGCAGGCCCUCUCCAACGUCUCCCUACUCUUGUCCACCUUCAGCCCUUCUGGGCCCCCAGGCCAAGAGGCCUAAGCUCAGGUGGUUGAUAAAGGUGAAGGCCUCCAGGGGACUUGCCUGCACUUGCUGGGACUGAAGGAGGGACUCCAGCCCCCACAUUCUACUCCUGGGCUCAGGCCAGCCUCUCCCAGGCCCCCACUGUCCCCAGAGUCUCUGCCAGGGUCGAGGAACCCCUGAAGUGGACCAAGGUCAGGCAGUCCCUUGAUGACCAGCUAUCUGUCUACAGGGUCCCCUGCCACCACCCCGUCCUGCUUAGAGCGGGCUGGUUUUCCUGGGAACCCAGGUUCACUGCAGGAGCAAGAUGGGGAGUCAGUGAAAGCUGUGCACGGCCGCCAGGAACCGGGCUGGACGUGCCAGCACUACCACUGAUGACUGUGCAGCUUUGGGGCCAGUGUGGCCCUCCUGGAGUUCAGUUUUUCUCUCAGUGAAAUAAGAGGUGCGGCCUCCCAGGUCUUUAAGAUCUUGUCCUGUCUCGACCCGGUUCAAGAGCCUUAGUGUCCCCACUCCUACAGAUAGAGCCCAAACUCCUUGUGCCAGCAGCUUCCAAAACUUCGCUUAACCUAACCUGGCGCUACCUUCUAGGCCUUUCCUUAUGACCCCACCCUCUGGCCCCCGUCGCCACUGCCACCCUCCUCCAAGCACCCAUCCUUGUCACCAUAGCCACAAGCAGGCUACACUCCCACCUUCUGUUCACCUCCACUCUGCCCUCUGCCUGCAGUGGCGCCUUCCCUGCUGAGCCCAGCCACAAGCGAACCCUCUGAAACACUAGCUGAUCUGCACAGACAACACCAGCCCUGAGGAGCCACUGCCUGGGCCAGUGCAGUGAAGCGCUCUGGACAGGUAAGGAAUCCCUCACAACAUUAAUUAACUCUUUAUGCAAGAAUGUGCAACAGGCAUAUACCGGCCAACAUACAAAAAGCAGUCGUCACCAGCACCAUACUUGAUGCAUUAUAAAGGAUUUCACACCUAUCACCUCAUUUAAUCCUCAAAACCACCCUGAGACGCAGCCCGGAACAGGAAGGCGCUGAGUGAUCUGCCCAAGGCCAGUCUGUGAGUGGUGACCUGGGGCAGUACAGGUCACAGCUUCCUGCCUCCAGGCCCCUCUGUGCCCUCUCAGAAUCUGGUAGGAGAGGGGAGGCAAGCCGAAGCACUAAAACCAAGCUGAGCAGAGCCAUCACCACCACCCCAAAGAAAGGACUGGAAUUCAGCCCCUGUUACAGAAGGUCCCUGCCCUGCUCCCCCACAGCUCCCUCAUCUGCGAAAUGGGACUGCCCUUUGGGAGGUGUGAAUAGUCCACGGGCUGAGCUUCUGUGUGCUUGAGGGGGUCAGCCAGAGUAGCACCCGUUGUGGGGAGCAGCAAGGGUCGAGGCUAGACAAGCUCCAGAGUGAGGAUCCCCCCUUCCAUCCAGGGAGGAAGGGGGUUAUCAGAAAGGGGCAAGAGCAAAGGCCCAGAGCAGCAAGGCCGGGCCAGACUCAGAGCCACUGUCUUCCCUCCCACCUCAACUAGGGCCAGGGGCGCUUGAGGACAGGAGGAGCAGGUGUGCCACCCACGCCAACCCAGCAAUCUCUCAGGGCAUCUAACCUCUGCUGUUGAUUUCCACCCAGAGGAUGUGAGCAUUUUUAGUUCCCAAGGAAUGUAAAUCAGCCCUGAUGCUGGGGGGUUGCUGGUUUAAAACAAAUACAGGCUGCCUAUAUAAAGACCAGACAGCCACAGGGCCCCACCUGUGCCAGGAAGCCCAGCUGAGGCCAUGCCCUCCACGGGGACCAUUUGCAGCCUGCUGCUCCUCAGCGUGCUCCUCAUGGCAGACUUGGCCAUGGCGGGCUCCAGCUUCUUGAGCCCCGAACACCAGAAAGUGCAGAGAAAGGAGUCCAAGAAGCCAGCAGCCAAACUGAAGCCCCGGGCCCUGGAAGGCUGGCUCGGCCCAGAAGACAGUGGUGAGGUGGAAGGCACGGAGGACAAGCUGGAAAUCCGGUUCAACGCCCCCUGUGAUGUUGGGAUCAAGUUGUCAGGGGCUCAGUCCGACCAGCACGGCCAGCCCCUGGGGAAAUUUCUCCAGGACAUCCUCUGGGAAGAGGUCAAUGAGGCCCCGGCCGACAAGUGAUUGUCCCUGAGACCAGCCACCUCUGUUCUCCCAGCUUCCUAAGGGCUCACCUGGCUUCCAGGACGCUUCCACUAUCACACCCAGCUCUGAGGGACGCUAGCCUGGGAGGUGAAUAAACAUUCAGACUGGAUGCUGAAGCUUCAAAAUGUUUAUUUCACCCCACAGGAAGAUUUCAUAUUUCACUGAAAAACAAAAAAAUCCCCUCUCCCAUUCUUGGUCUAUGGUCAACAGGAAAAGAAGAAACAUGUAGCAAGGCCCGGUGUGCAUGCUUUAGAAAACCAAAGGAGACCAACACAUACAGAGAUAUCAGACUGGGGAGGGGAGGAGGGAGGUGGAGGAGAGGGGGACAGGGGGAGAGGGGAGGAGGGGCAAGUGGGAGGUGAAAAGAAGAAAAACCAAGUUCCUUUAAAUAUCAGAGCAUCUUGAGUGCCAAGUUGCACUGAGAGCUCAUUACCGGUCAGCAAGGCCUGCGUGGACAGGGAAACUCUGCAGGUGACAUGAUAGGAGCCAGCCUCUGUCUGACUGCCUUUCGAGGGCAGAACAGGAUGCUGGGGAAGGAGUCUGACGCUAGAUAUAAGCAGGGCAUGAACAAUGGCUGGAGCCACUGCUCAGCACGCUGUCCUCACUCCUCCUCCUCCCUCCCUGUUCACUGUAAAAACCUGGGUGAAGCACGUGCCACCUCAUGUGGCCAAGGGUGGGCAUUGCCUCAGUGACUUCAGAGAUUUAGGACACUACACUGAUGUCCACGCACAUGCCAACUCCAGCUCACACAGCUGAAGUGAGCCUGAUUCUUAAGUUCCACAAACUUAAUUCCAGGGACACCACCACACUGCCCGGGAAGAAAGUCACUUCUUUAGGGUAAACAUGGGAACAGGCUUGAGAGCCGGUGGUGACGGGUGGGUGAGCAUCAUGGAGGAGCACCGCCAGCCUGCCCGUCCCCACACAGGCGCGCCAUCAGAAACAGGCAGGAUGCUCCUGCGCGGAACGGGGUAAUAUCCACUCUCUGCAAAAUGCUUCACCACAGAGGGCCUCUCUAGGAGCCAAGUAGCUUCUCCAGGGAAAUUCUGGCCACCUGGAAUCCAACGACUCCAGCCCUAACGACUGAUUGGACUUGGCGAGGCCCCCGAAACCCAAUUGCCACCCCUCAGUGAGAAGCUGCCUGUGGUCCCUGGAAUGUCAUCCUGACUAGGGAACCUCUUGGCAGUGCAGAGGCUCAGGCAUUGCAGAGCAGGAUCUGUGUUUAACACGGCCCCCAGAGCAUAUAUAUAAAGGGGCUCGGAAGCAACAGGGUUGUACUCAGCAGGGCGCAUUACAGAGCCACGUGGCUCUGUGCUGCUUAGAGCAGGUGUCAACUCCUCUAACAAGAAAAUGCAGAGCUGGCCGGGGGCGCUCCACAAAACUGAGAAUGCAGGAAAAAGCUGUCCUGUUCCACAUCCACCCUAACUCUCUAAGCCCCAGCUCUGCUGUCAACUCCAUGCCAGUCCAUUGGGCAGAUAACACACCCACAAGCACACAUUCACUCUCCAUCUCUCAGGCGACCACACACACACCUGACUAUCUAGCUACGCAGUGACUUAGCUCACUGAAUCGAAAGCACCUGCCUCUGUGUGAUCAUCACAGUUUGAAACGAGUCAGCCCCAGAGGAGUCUAAGAUAUCAGAGCGCAGGUAAACCAAGUGGGGGAGUUGGGGAGAGAGGACACACUCUGCUGUGUAAGCUAGCCCCUCUCUCUGAUGCAGAGGCCCACACACCAUCCUGGAGCUGAGCCUCAUCCCAGCUCUAUCGCACUUAGUAGGGGUGCUACCCUGCUCAUCCCCAACCAUGCCUGUGGCCCUCUUCUCAACUGCCAGAGGAGGCUCCAACAUGGUCAAAUGGUCCAAGAAACCAGUUUCUGAUCAGUGGGGCAGCAGCCACAGACUAGGCUCAGAGGAGGAUGGGUGCCAGGCCCUGGGGGAACGCUGGUCAGCUGAUGAUUCCCCUAUGACUCACUCCUUCCUCAAGGGACACACCAGGCUUCUCUCCCAUGUGCCUGGGUCAGAAACAGAUGCUAGGAACCCUGUCUGGACCAGGCUCUCUGACCUGGGUGAGGCAGCACGAUGUGGUAGAAGCAUGGGCUUCAGACCCAGAGGCAAAUGUGAACACCAACUGUCUGCUCCAGAGCAAGACACGAUUUCUCUGUCUCCUCUGAUGUCCAACACCCUCCUCCCUGCGUCACUGUCAAGACUAAACCGUAUCUCCCAUGAAGACACCUGUAUAAAAUAGGCAUUCAAUCACCCUAAGAGCCACCAUUUACUGCAUUCUUGCUGUGCACCAGGCACCAUUCUAAACACUGGCAGGAAAGGAAGUUAGGGUCACUGCAGUUAAUUUUCACGACAAACACACUUAGGAGGGAGAAAAAAACUUAAGUGACUUCCCAAGGUCACACAGUAAACACGCUUCCAACUCACCCAGAGCUGUAGGCUGGGGCCCAUGCUCUCCGAUGUCCUACUGCCUCUCAACCAAUGUCACCACCUUGCCCUGUUGCCUGGGGUCCAAGUGAUCCGCUUUUCAUUUUCCUUAAUAACACACUGAGUCAACUUGGAGUGGGCUGAGGACCAUUUCAAGUCAACAGCUGGCAGAAAUAAAAUUCACUGCAGAGAACAGGGGACAUACCUGAAAAAAAUGCAGCAUUUCUAACCAGGUCCCACCUCAGCCCUCUAGGACUGCUCCUGCACACAUCACUUCCUGACAACACCAAAUUCCGGUUCUCUGAAGCAGGUGGAUUUACCCCUGGGAUGAGCAAGAAGGUAUUUGCUGCAGGAAAAAAAUCCUCCUUAUAAAAAACUGUUGUUUUAUAAUAUACCCAGUACAUUAGUAUAGUAACAUGCUCAUUUCUUACACACUCAGAGGUGUGUAAGAAAUUAUCUUAUGACAGUGUACACACACAAGAACAGAGACCCACAGUGAGCCACCUCCCUUUAGUCUGAAUCCACUUCGAAACACCGCAGACAGAUGAGCAUUUAUAGCAAGCACAGGGCUGCCUGGCCACUGACUGACUUUGCUCGAGCAGUGGCCAUUUGCCCUAAUUUUAUAGAAAUGACUAAUGCAAAACCCAAAGUGAUUAGUAUUGGCCCCAAAUUUAAUACAGUUAGCAAGAUGGUUAACACCAAAAAUGCCAAGAGCAGAUUUCCAGCCACUGGGUGGACACAGCUGCCGAGUGAGGAAUGUGCUGAAAAUACCUAAACCAACGGUUGUGCCUGAGAUGAAGCAUCGACAGAUUGCAAAUUUGUCUGGCAUUCUUGGAACAGAGCCUUCCCUUUGACAGGUUUACUUUUGGCUUGAGCAUUUGUGUUCAAGGAUACCUUAGGACAAAACUGGAGGAUGAACUGCAAGCAGUGAAACAGAGUUUCCUCCCAAGUUUACCCAGAGGCAUCAGAGGUGACAGUCCAAAGCCCACAAUACAACCAAUUCAUCAACUGCACCCCAUGUACUCAAUUUUUCUUCCUCCUAUUGCACUGCUCUUGGAAAAAAAGGCUAUAUAUUUUUCACAGCUAAGAAGCAGAAGUAGAGCUGGGUGCUCCCAAGCAAUAAAAUGACACUUAAUGCUCAAAGGUAGUAGAAUUUGGUUUUCCUUUUUCUCUUUUGGUCAGUCCACAGCAUACGGUGUUCCCAGGCCAGGGAUCAGAUCUGAGUUGCAGUUACAACCUACGCUGCAGCUGCGGCAAUGCCAGAUCCUUUAAUCCACUGUGCUGGGCCUGGGAUUGAACAUGCAUCCUAGUACUACAGAGAUGCCUCCAAUCCAGUUGGGCCAGAGUAGGAACUCCAGCAGUAGAGCUUUUAAGAAGGUGUCAGGGAUUAUUUCCAGCGUCAACUUUCUGAGAUAUAUAUAUUCAAGAAUAUCUCCAGGCCUUUGGAUUCUCAGGUUGCAAAGCUGGUCAACUCAACCACUGGUGGAGUUCCCUUGUGGUGCAGUGGGUUAAAGUUCUAGCGCUGUCACUGCUGCAGCUCAGGUUUGAUCCUUGUCCCUGGAACUUCUA